AUGAAGUUGAAAACGAUUAGUAGGUCCUCAGAUACCUAUGUUCCUGUAAGAAAUACUCAGGAAAGUGCAUUGCCACGUAACUUGAACCCAGCACUACAUCCAUUUGAAAGGGCCAGAGAAUACACUAGGGCACUUCAAGCUACCAAACUUGAAAGGAUGUUUGCUCAACCAUUUAUCGGCCAGCUUGGUGAUGGCCAUAGAGAUGGAGUUUAUGUACUUGCAAAGAACUUCCACUCGACUAAUCAGUUUGCAAGUGGAAGUGGUGACGGUGUAAUCAAGUAUUGGAACUUGACAACGAGGCAAGAAACUGCCAGUUUCAGAGCUCAUUAUGGAAUGUGUAGUGGUCUUGUUAUAACCCCACAGAACCAAAUGUUGAGUUGUGGUGAUGACAAGCUGAUCAAGUUGUGGUCGGUGGAUAGUGAGGAAUUUGACAAAAGUGUUCAAGAUGAUGAAAUAUACACUAACAAAGAUCAAGGAUUGGUGAAAACAUUUAUUGGCGAGCAUGCUUUUAAAGGUAUUGACCAUCACAGAGAAGAUGCCAUGUUUGUAACUGGUGGUGCUCAAAUUCAGUUGUGGGAUAUGAAUCGCUCUAAAUAUAUCAGUAAUUUAUCUUGGGGUGCCGAUAAUGUCAACACUGUCAAGUUUAAUCAAACAGAAACAAACAUUGUUGCUAGCACAGGGUCAGACAAUUCUAUUGUUUUAUACGACAUACGUACCAAUGUCCCUGUCCAAAGAGCAGUGACCAAUUUCAGAAACAAUUGUAUCAGUUGGAACCCCCUCGAAGCAUUCAAUUUCGUCACUGGUAAUGAAGACCACAAUGCAUAUUUGUGGGAUAUGAGAAACAUGAAGAAAACUCUAAACAUCUACAAGGACCACGUUGCUGCCAUUAUGGAUGUUGAUUUCUCACCCACUGGGGAGGAAAUUGUUACUGGUUCUUACGAUAAAACCAUCCGGAUUUUCAAUUCCCGUGCUGGCCACUCGCGUGACAUUUACCACACUAAAAGAAUGCAGCAUGUUUUCUGUACUAAAUUUAGUACCGAUGCUAGGUAUAUUCUUAGUGGAUCGGACGAUACCAAUGUAAGGAUUUGGAGAACAAAAGCUUCCGAUAGGUCGAAUAUCAAAUCUAUGAAACAAAGAAAUAAACUUGAAUAUGAUGACAAAUUGAAAGAAAGGUUCCAAUACAUGCCUGAAAUUAAGAGAAUUGCUAGACAUAGACAUGUACCAAAAGUUGUGAAAAAGGCCCAGGAGAUUAAACGUAUUGAAAUUGAAAGUUUGAAAAGGCGAGAAGAUAAUGAACGAAGACAUUCAAGAAAAGGAAGUAAACCUUAUGUACCCGAAAGAGAAAAACAAGUUCGGGGAACGGCAAUUGAGUGA